AUGUCGUUCGCAGAGAAGCAGCUUGCCAAGUUUGGAUGGAAGAGCGGUGAUGGUCUCGGAAAGAACAAGGACGGUAUCAAGAAGAGUAUCUCCGUCACUAAGAAGAACGACACCAAGGGUCUUGGAGGAAAAUUGGACAAGUGGGACUUCGCUUGGUGGGACCAUGUCUUCAACAAGUCCGCCGCCAACAUCCAGGUGAACAAGGACGAGUCCGGUGAGGUCAAGGUCGAGAAGCAGGCCCCUUCAGACAUCCAGACUUCGCGCAUGGGAAUCAUUUCGACCUCCAGACCUGCAGGACCUUCCCUCUCAGCCGCUGUCUCCGCUGAUACCUCAGGAACCUCGACCCCUACAACCAUGGGCAGCAUGACCCCCCGCGAUGACUACGCCGAUGAUGAGGCCGAGCCCAAGCCUGCAGCCCCCGCCAAAUCAGGACCAUCGUGGCUCUUUGGAUUCGUCAAGGCAUCUGCAUCGAGUACGGCGACCGAGGAGGCAAAGAGGACCAACAAGGAUUUCACCAAUAGUGCAUCCAGUUUCGCUGCCAGAGCCGAGGGCUACGACGAUCUCAAGGCUGCUGAGGGAGACUCUUACAGGGACUACAGUGUCAAAGUUUCGGACAAGGAGCUGUUUGAGGCUUGCGAGGGCAGGACUGCUAGAAAGGGCGCACGCAGCGAGCAGCCUGGAAAGCUGGGUCGUGUCACGACGGAGUUGUUGAUCGAUGAUGGCUUAAGGAAGCCCAAGAAGAGCACAACGACCGCCGCCAAGGAGAAGAAGGAGAAGAAGGAGAAGAAAGAGAAGAAGGAGAAGAAGGACAAGAAGGAGAAAAGGUCGAAGGCAGUGAAGAAGCAGUCCAUGAAGAAGCAGCCCAAGGAGAAGAAGGACAAGAGCGAGUCGAAGGAGAAGAAGGAGAAGAAGGUCAAGAAAGAGAAGAAGGACAGGGAGGAAAAGAAGCCAAUGAAGCGCAGCGCCGAUGAGGAUGAACCACGGUCCAGCAAGAAGUCCAAGAAGGAGAAGAGCAACUAG